AUGUCAAGACGAAUGUUCCGCCCACUAUUCUCAGCAACAAAGCCUCUGAAAACUCCUUCGGGCAUCAAUGCAGGAGAAGGCGGAGCAAGACCCAGCCACAUGCUAACCCACACCGAUCCACGAGCCGAACACAAAAAAAUCAUCAAAGAAGCUAGAAAAGACCCAGAACUUUACAUCCUCUACGCCGUCACAGCAGGCGGUUUUGCCCUCGCAGGUUGGUUCGGCGGAGCUCACCUUGGCCGAGUCUACUACACGCGUGACCGCACUGAGAAAGACACUACCAAGAUUAAUGGCUCAGAGCCAUGGAAAGAAGGUGGUGAAGGCAGUAAGGGAAAGUAUCGCUAUCAUGAUAGAUUAGCUGGGAGGAUCAGGGAUGCACCUUCGGCUUUAAAUUCGGUUAUCGUGCCUAAUGUCAAUCUGCCUAGGGAAUUGCAUGAGAAGUACAACAAGUGGGGUAAAGACGAGUAUGAUGAGUACUAA